AUGUAUUAACCAAGAAGGUUAUCUCCUGCAUCCUCCAGUCCACUUUAUAGAAAUGUUAAUGUUAAUGUCUAAUGUAUUAAUUCAUUAAUCAGUUAGAAUAAAAUUAAAUUAAAUUAUAACUAAAAUAAAUCACUCCCACCAAUAAUAUUACUCCCUAUGUCUAGAUCAUAUCAUAAAACCAUCAUAAACAAAAUACUUACAAUUCCUAUGAAAACAAUUCGCGAUAAGUGUCCAAAGAAAGAGAAAGUACCUAAUCCAAUCAAUCCAAAGAUUAAAUACUCAAUCAAUACUAACUUGAAUCAUUGUUUUAACAUUAAACCUAAUCUUUGAUUUAAAAAAAUGAUAUCAAUUAAGUCUACUCAUAUAUUGAUACUGUUAUUAAGACCUAAAAAUCAGAAAUAUUCAAAGUAUUAGAUCAUCAAAAUAAACAAAUAGAAUUUUUGUAGUAAAUUAUUUUAAAUUAAACCCAAUAUCAGCAAAAUGCAUCCUCAUAAUUUCUGUAAUUGCAAACUUAGUUAGAAGAAAAACUUUCAAACUUUAUUAAUAAAUAAAUUAAAGACCUUUCAACUAGAUUAUAAAAUAAUAAUAAAAACGAACUUGAAACUAUCAAUAAUUAAUUAGAAAAGCUUAGAGCAUAAAUAUUUUAAAUUAAUAUAACUAACAGCAAACUUAUAACUGAUAAACUAUAAUCUUCUUAUGCAAAUGAUACUGAAAACUAAAUGAUUAAUCAUUCAUAAAUUCCUAAACCCUUUCUAACCGAUAAUCAAUCUCAUAAUAUGGAUUAAAAUAUCAAAAUUAUGAAAAAUAACUAUCUAAUAGAUAGAGAUUAUUCAACUUAAUCACACAAUCCUUUAAACGAUAUUACUAAUAUUUAAAUUAAAUAUAUCAAAAGUUUGCAAUAAAGUUUACAAAACUCAAAACUCUCUAAAUGUUCUUCAAAUAAUAAUAACAAAUAACAAGAAGGUUCUCCUAUUGAACUCUUUAACGAUCAGAACAUUCUAGACAGUCUAGAUAAUAUUAAGGUAUUUGAUCCUUAACAACAUCCUGAUCAUCCCUCAGAUUCAACUAACAAUUAUAAUUCCAUGGAUUUAUCAUAAGCAAGAAUGUCAACUAUCUAAGAAAACGAAAAUGAAGAAGAUGAAUGUGUUUAUUAAAUAAUUGAAAAUCAUUAACAGCAGACUCGAAUCGAAAAUACUAAGAAAUAAAAGGAGCAACUUAAAAUUAAACAAUGCAAAAGCAAGACAUUAUAUUAUUGA